AUGAACGCAGCGUGCGUCUCAUACUGCGAUAUGACAUCGAUGGAUUCAUAUUAUAGCACGUCUACUGCGCAAGGUAGGGACCAGGCGAACCCGUUCAGGACUUUCCAGACUACUGAAACCAAAUACAGCCCCACGUUCAUUCCGGGUAAAGGACAGGCUUACGGAGAGAAGUCCCGGAGUCCUUUCCAGCCGGAGUGCCAGUCAUUGGAUGGCUCUGAGGAGGGCACCUUCAACAAAUACCAGCUCUUCAUGCAACGACCGACCUGCAAAACUCCGCCCGAAGGCAGCAAGCUGCACCCGGACAGCGGACACAACGGGACGCUCAUUCCCUGCUAUGGAAAAGACAACAGCGGCCUGACAGAUUCUGAGCUGACCCAGAGUGUCGACUCUUCCGGGAUGGAAGGCAGCUAUCUGAACCUAAAGGCGCCCGGUGAGAAGGGGCUGAGCGAGCGGCCGGGCUCUGACCUCUCCAGCCCUCUGGACAAAAGUGAGGCAGAGAGCAACAAAGGCAAGAAGAGACGCAAUCGCACCACCUUCACCAGCUACCAGCUGGAGGAGCUGGAGAAGGUUUUCCAGAAGACACACUACCCAGAUGUUUAUGCCCGCGAGCAGCUGGCACUGAGGACAGACCUGACAGAGGCUCGUGUACAGGUGUGGUUCCAGAAUCGCAGAGCCAAGUGGAGGAAGAGGGAGCGUUAUGGCCAGAUGCAACAGGUCCGGACACACUUCUCAACUGCUUACGAGCUGCCUCUACUGACUCGGCCCGAGAACUAUGCACAGAUCCAGAACCCUUCGUGGAUUGGGAGCAGCAGUGGAGCAUCUCCAGUGCCGGGUUGCGUUGUGCCUUGUGACUCCGUCCCAUCCUGCAUGCCGCCUCACCCUCACGGUCCCGGAGGAGUCUCUGACUUCCUUGGUGUGCCCAGUCCAGGGAGCAGCCACAUGGGACAGACACAUAUGGGCAGCCUUUUUGGGGGUCCUGGGAUGGGCGGGGGAAUCAAUGGCUAUGAUCUCAAUCUUGAUCCAGACCGCAAGUCUUCCAGCAUAGCUGCGCUGCGUAUGAAGGCGAAGGAACACAGUGCAGCCAUCUCUUGGGCUACAUGAUGUGUAGCCCAAGUCUCCAGUUCCAUCCUGCCCCCUAUGGCCCUCUUCUCUGGAGCAGCCAUCAGCGAGCGCUGUGUGUGUAUGUGUGUAUGUGUGUGUGUGUGUGUGUGUG